CGUUACGACUCAUUACGGACACGUGACGUUAUCGUCGACCGACACCGUAUGCACGUGAGGCACUGUUAGCUAGCUGUGUGUCAGCUGUUAGCGGCGUUCAGAACUGAGAAACAACUGAUUUACUAUCUUCAAGAUGAACAGAGAACAGAGACAUGGAAAUCCUGCUCGACAGGAGGAGGAGGAGCAGGAGCUAGAUGACUUCUACGACUGUGAGGAGACUCUGGAGCCUGCACACUGUAAAACGGCGGAGCUUCAGCACUGCUACAUUAGACCAGAGACACUGACAGACAGAGGGGAGGAGCCAAGAGGAGGACACCAGGAGCAGAGAGACAAGUUACAGAAUGAGGAGCAGCAGAGCGACAGGCUGCAGCAGGAGGAGGAGCAGCAGCAGAGCGACAGGCUGCAGGACGAGGAGGAGCAGCAGCAGAGCGACAGGCUACAGGAGCAGCAAGACAAGUUACAGAAGGAGGAGCAGCAGAACGACAGGCUGCAGGAGGAGGAGCAGCAGAGCGAUAUGCUGCAGGAGGAGGAGGAGCAGCAGCAGAGCGACAGGCUGCAGGAGGAGGAGCAGUGCGACAGGCUGCAGGAGGAGGAGGAGCAGCAGAGCGACAGGCUGCAGGAGGAGGAGGAGCAGCAGAGCGACAGGCUGCAGGAGGAGGAGGAGGACCUGGACUCAGAGAUGCAGCAGCAGGUGGAGUUUGACGAUGAUUACCUGAGGGAGGUGGAGAAGGAGCUGACAGACGAGGAGAAGGAGAGUCGACGUCAGCAGAGUUUGACUCUGAAGGAAACGGGAAACGGACAGUUUAAAGCUGCAGAGUGGGCGGCGGCAGAGCGGACGUACUCGCAGGCUCUGGUUGUGUGUCCGGUGUGUUUCAGCACAGAACGAGCCGUGCUGUUCUCCAACCGCGCCGCGGCGCGCGCUCACCUGGGCGUGAAGGAGCGGGCCAUCUCGGACUGUUCCAGAGCGAUAGAGCUGAAUCCAGACUACGUGCGGGCGCUGCUCAGGAGGGCGGAGCUUUACGAACAGACAGAGAAACUGGACGAGGCGCUGGACGACUACAAGAAGGUUCUGGAACGAGACCCAAACAACGGCAGUGCCAGGGGAGCCUGUACGAGGUUACCUCAGCAGAUUCAGGACAGGAAUGAGAAGCUGAAGGAGGAGAUGAUGGGUAAACUGAAGGACCUGGGGAACAUGAUCCUGAGGCCGUUUGGACUUUCCACCAACAACUUCCAGGUGAACCAGGACCAGAACACGGGCUCCUACUCCGUCAACUUCGUCCAGAACAACAACAACAGAUGACGUCAUCGCAGUCAUCGCCGCGACAACGCCCUCGCUAUGACAUCACAGCUCCAUGUCUUCAAUAAAUGAUGCUUUUAAAUCCUCA